AUGGCCAACGGAGCCCCAGUGACCUUUCAACAGGGCUGUGACCAGCUCAUCCACAAAGACGGGACCAGGUUCGACAUCAAAGAGUACAACAGACUGUACUAUUUGAACACUUACAGUGGUGAGAAUGAUGACGAGUGUCAUGCAUGCCAUGACAGUCAAACCUGGCAGGAAUCCUGUAACUAUGAUGAGGUCUCUGAACUGCAAUACUCAGACAAGGAUACUGGUGAUGAAGGCAUUUCAGCUUCACCUGCACACCAGGGAGCACUCCCGGGGCGGUGUGGUUCAUGGGGCACUCCCGGGGUGUAUGGGGCACUCCCGGGGCGGUGUGGUUCAUGGGGCAUCCCGGGGUGUAUGGGGCACUCCUGGGGCGGUGUGGUUCAUGGGGCAUCCCGGGGUGUAUGGGACACUCCCGGGGUGGUGUGGUUCAUGGGGCAUCCCGGGGUGUAUGGGGCACUCCCGGGGCGGUGUGGUUCAUGGGGCAUCCCGGGGUGUAUGGGGCACUCCUGGGGCGGUGUGGUUCAUGGGGCAUCCCGGGGUGUAUGGGACACUCCCGGGGCGGUGUGGUUCAUGGGGCACUCCCGGGGUGUAUGGGACACUCCCGGGGCGGUGUGGUUCAUGGGGCACUCCCGGGGUGUAUGGGGCACUCCCGGGGUGGUGUGGUUCAUGGGGCAUCCCGGGGUGUAUGGGGCACUCCUGGGGCGGUGUGGUUCAUGGGGCAUCCCGGGGUGUAUGGGACACUCCCGGGGCGGUGUGGUUCAUGGGGCAUCCCGGGGUGUAUGGGGCACUCCCGGGGCGGUGUGGUUCAUGGGGCAUCCCGGGGUGUAUGGGGCACUCCUGGGGCGGUGUGGUUCAUGGGGCACUCCCGGGGUGUAUGGGACACUCCCGGGGCGGUGUGGUUCAUGGGGCACUCCCGGGGUGUAUGGGGCACUCCCGGGGUGGUGUGGUUCAUGGGACACUCCCGGGGCGGUGUGGUUCAUGGGGCACUCCCGGGGUGGUGUGGUUCAUGGGGCAUCCCGGGGUGUAUGGGGCACUCCCGGGGUGUAUGGGACACUCCCGGGGUGUAUGGGGCACUCCCGGGGUGUAUGGGACACUCCCGGGGCGGUGUGGUUCAUGGGGCACUCCCGGGGUGUAUGGGGCACUCCCGGGGUGGUGUGGUUCAUGGGGCACUCCCGGGGUGGUGUGGUUCAUGGGACACUCCCGGGGCGGUGUGGUUCAUGGGGCACUCCCGGGGUGGUGUGGUUCAUGGGGCAUCCCGGGGUGUAUGGGGCACUCCCGGGGCGGUGUGGUUCAUGGGACACUCCCGGGGCGGUGUGGUUCAUGGGACACUCCCGGGGCGGUGUGGUUCAUGGGGCAUCCCGGGGUGUAUGGGGCACUCCCGGGGCGGUGUGGUUCAUGGGACACUCCCGGGGCGGUGUGGUUCAUGGGACACUCCCGGGGCGGUGUGGUUCAUGGGACACUCCCGGGGCGGUGUGGUUCAUGGGGCACUCCCGGGGUGGUGUGGUUCAUGGGGCAUCCCGGGGUGUAUGGGGCACUCCCGGGGCGGUGUUGUUCAUGGGACACUCCCGGGGCGGUGUGGUUCAUGGGACACUCCCGGGGCGGUGUGGUUCAUGGGACACUCCCGGGGCGGUGUGGUUCAUGGGACACUCCCGGGGCGGUGUGGUUCAUGGGGCACUCCCGGGGUGGUGUGGUUCAUGGGGCAUCCCGGGGUGUAUGGGGCACUCCCGGGGCGGUGUGGUUCAUGGGACACUCCCGGGGCGGUGUGGUUCAUGGGGCAUGGGAGUUGUGAUUAAAAAGAGAUCUCUGCCUCCUGACUCGUUCUUCCAUGCCGGCUCGCCACAGCCUCCACCCUCCGGGCUGUCUGAACAGCCAUCAGGGGUUUGGUUUGUGUCGGAGGUUGUGGAAACCAGGGCGGUUAUUGAGCGUCAUCAGGAGCGUCAUCAGGCUCCCAAUGGAGCUCCUGAUGAAGCUGUGACAAUGUUCUCCUGUCUACUGGCUUUUCUCCUUCUUCUCACCUUCACUUCUGCCAUGUUGCUACCCAGCACUUCCCCUACCCAGCAGGAUCCCACGGACCAACACACAACGGAUCCAAACACCUACUUGAUGCCCCGUGCCACUGACACGCCAUCAGAUCCUCAGAUGCUCCUCCGCAACAGUGACCUGCAAAUGACCCCUCCAGGUUUUACCGUAAAGCCCCUGUCCUAUCACCCCGGCCCCCACACCCCCUCCAACUACCCCGUGAACAUGACAGGGAAACUCCGGGAGAGUGUGUUGCCCGUGGGUCCUGGGGACGGCAGUGAGCCGAACCUGUCGUUCUGUGACCUUCUAUUGGAGGCUCCGGUCCCCCCUCCCAUCGACCAGGUGCCCUGGUUCUGCGUUUGCUCUCGGUGUAAAAGCAACGUGGGUCCCAAAGGAGACCGUGGUGAUCGGGGGCCGCCAGGUCUUCCAGGGAGUCCAGGGAGGAGAGGACUGACGGGGUUAAGAGGUCGUCCUGGUUUCACCGGCCGACAGGGACUCAAAGGUCAGAAGGGAGACGAGGGGGAGAAGGGGCAGCGUGGGACCACUGGCUUCUCAGGGGGGAAGGGCGACCGUGGCUACAAAGGGGACAAAGGAGACCAAGGCUUUGCAGGGCCACAAGGUGAACAGGGUCCUCAGGGGGAAAACGGGAUUUGUCCCGAGUCCUGCGACAGCGUUCAUGGGCCGCCAGGUGUCCCAGGUCUCCCUGGAUCCGUUGGAGCCCGGGGCCUGCCAGGUGUUGCUGGCCCCACAGGAGCAACAGGUCCUAAGGGCAAUACGGGGGACAUGGGCAGGUCAGGUGUCCCUGGGCUAGAAGGCCAGAAGGGGGACCGAGGUGAGCAGCGAAUGUGUAACUGCACUGAUGGGGCAGAUGGCAUUGAUGGUGUGCCGGGGACUCCAGGAGCAAAAGGAGAAAAGGGUGAUGUUGGCCACCAGGGUUUACAGGGCCCAGUGGGAGAGAAGGGCAGCCCGGGGCAGAUCGGGUUGAUGGGGCUGCCAGGGCCAUGCUCUCCAAUCAUCCAGUCUGCCUUCUCUGCUAGCCUUGGCUUGUCAUUUCCACAACCCAACAUGCCCAUUCCCUUCCCACAUGUCCUCUACAACCGCCAGAUGCACUUUGACCCCAACAAAGGAAUCUACCGUGCUCCUGUAAAUGGUACCUACAUCUUCAGCUACCAUGUGGCCAUUCGAAGCAAGGUGCUCAAACUUGGCCUGUUCCACAACUAUAACCCUGUUGUGAAGACAACAGAAGCUAACAACAGGGCCACAGCCAGCCAUCAGAUGCUCCUCCACCUGGACGUGGGGGACAGUGUUUGGCUGCAGGUGAAAGACGACGGCAAUAAUGGCAUGUACACCGACCGGGAGAGCAGCAGCACCUUCUCUGGGUUCCUUCUCCACCCCGAUUCAUGUGACAUGUUCCUGACGCGGGACGUACCGGUACUAAUGAAGGGGACCUACAGUUGGGGAGAUCUGCCUUGGCCCAUGCCGGUGACAGAGGCCACCCCUAAUUCUUAA